UGACGCUAUGAAGACGGUCUUUGUUGAAAUUGAUAAAGUUACGGACCAGUUUGAUCCAGAACAGUAUAUCAACUUUAUUUUGUGCAACAUUCUAACAGGUCUUUGCUUUGGCGGAAAGUACGAUUUCAAAGAUGAAGAGGUUGGCUAUGUAAUAAAAACUAAAGACGAUAUUAACGAAAGGUUGACAUCAUCGAUAAUUUUAGAAGACUUUGUACCUACAAUAACUUAUGUGUAUAAAUCACAGGCCUUUAAAGAAUUUGAGGCUUCCGUUCAUAAACUGAUUGAAGGUUUUAUACGGAGAAAAUUCAAGGAAGCAGAAUCUACGUUUAACAAAGAUGACAUCCGACAUUUUGCGGACCAUUUGAUUCUCGCUCGUAUGGAAGCGGAAGAUAAGGAGGAUAAAGAUGCGCUCGUCGGACUUGAUGAAGAUCACCUUAUCCAAACGAUUGCUGAUAUGCUCUUCGGUAAGAGUUAUUUUCGAUAA